ACCAUGGGUUGAGGUUACAGCGUGGCUUUAAUUGAGUCUUAUGUAAAACAAUAGGUAUAAGUAAACAAACAAAGUGUACAUUUUCUGUUUUUAAUGUUAUAGUCGGUUAAAUGACAUUUCCAUAAGUUGCAAUUAUGCUACUGGACAACGGCGCUUCGCAGCAGAGAAAGUCUCGUUGGGAUGUUGCACCCUCAGGGAAGAAGUCUGUCAAAGAAGGGUUCAAUAAUUCGAAUACACCUGAUGCCCAACGGGAGGGAAACUCCAGUAUGGCUGGGGAGAUCUCAUCUGGGACGGAGUCGAACUGCAGCUCUCCACAGAAUGAGAGUUGUCUUGUUGGACAGAGCAUGGCUACAGGAAUCGGCCUCCAGCAUGGCUAUCCCUGGUCGUCCACCCUCACUCCUGAACUUCCGGGUGCCCUUGAGGUAAAAACUGAAGCAAACCAGGAACUUUCAAAUCCAGAAAACUACACUGAUUGCUCUUAUAGGCAGGAUUACUAUAAUAGCCAAUAUUACCAAAGCAUGCAGGCAUACAGUGGUCAGAGCACAUCAUAUGUCAACCCUAGUAGUUUUUACGGUUCGAGCUACCCUUCUACAACAUACCCUUUACCUUCUGGAAGUAGGAGCCAGUGUAAGCUAGGUAACGGCUACAACUAUUCUGGCUAUCAGCAAUACCCUUCAUACGGUUCUGGUUACCAAAACUAUCAGCAAGACUACUACCAAAACUACUCGUCGAACAGUGGUGUGGCAGUUGCAAGCUAUUAUUCAACACAGCAAGGCUACUAUCAGCCCCCAUAUUCCCAGAAUGUGUCGGAUUCACCUGCAACUUCUGAACCUCCGUCGCCUGCUAAAGCUGAGAGACGAGUGGAAGGUAAAACAGGACGAGGACGUGGCAGGCGGGUUACCUGUCCUCUCGGACCGCCAAGUCCUGGUAUAGGCUCUGAGUCGAACCUUGAACGAGUCUUCAUAUGGGAUUUAGAUGAGACUAUUAUUAUUUUUCAUUCCCUCCUCACUGGGACAUAUGCCUCUAAAUAUAACAAGGAUACCCAGUCCAUAGUUCAAUUGGGGUUUAAGAUGGAGGAACUAAUUUUCAAUCUUGCAGAUUCCCACUUUUUCUUUAAUGAUGUUGAGGAUUGUGAUCAGGUCCAUAUUGACGAUGUGUCAUCCGAUGACAAUGGGCAGGACCUGAGCUCCUAUAAUUUUUCAUCGGAUGGCUUCUCAGUGUCUUCUGGAGGUGGGGGCACUGCAUGCCAGGGCGGAGUCGGCGUUCGCGGUGGAGUCGACUGGAUGAGGAAGCUCGCCUUUAGAUAUAGAAAGAUGAAAGACGUGUACAACAAUUAUAGGAAUUCUGUGGGAGGACUCAUUGGCCCUGCCAAGCGGGAGCAGUGGCUGCAGGUUCGAUCGGAUAUCGAAACUGCAACAGAUAACUGGCUCACACUUGCAACAAAAUGUCUAAGUCACAUAAACACAAGAGAUAAUUGUGUUAAUGUCAUGGUGACCACAACACAGUUGGUACCCGCACUCGCAAAAACACUCCUAUUCGGCCUUGGAAAUGUAUUCUCAGUCGAAAAUAUCUAUUCAGCCUCAAAAAUUGGAAAAGAAAGUGUCUUUGAACGGAUUGUAACGCGGUUUGGGAGGAGCAAGUGUACAUACGUUGUCAUUGGCGAUGGACAGGAUGAAGAAUCAGCUGCAAAACAACUGAACUUUCCAUUUUGGAGGGUGUCUUCACACACAGACCUCAUAGCACUCUACAACGCUCUGGAUAUGGGCUUUUUAUGAAAUGGUAACUAUGGAAUGUGUAAUUAUUCAAUGUAAUAAACAACUUUCAUGUUGAUAAUUAAGACUUGAAAUAUAUAUUAUUUAAAAUAUUUUAAAAAAUUGACAUUAAAAAAUUGGAUGUAAAUAUUUUUUUGUUUCUUCCAUUUUGGAUGUAAUUAUUGGUUGAAAUCAGUUUUCAAUAUACUUAAAUCAUUAAAUAGAAUUUAGUGUACAUUGAAAAGAAUACACUAUUAUAAAUAAAUCUCCCUAAAAUACUAA